GUAAAAGUGUAUAAGUGCUCUUUUCCAAGUGGUUAUCAUUGUGCUUAUAACUAAUUUUCUUUUACAGCAUGACUCAAAUUUUAUUAAAAUCAGGAAAUUUUCUUCAUGAGUUGGCUGCUAGAAGUAAUAUAUUUAGUGCUAUUACAAGAUCAUGUAGUUCUUUAGUGACUUCAGCUAAGGAUAUUUCUAAGGAUGAACCAGAUAAACUUUAUAAAAUGAUUGAAUUAGAAAUGAGAGGACAUGAUCCUGCAGUUUUAAAAAGUUACUCAUACUUUCUCACUACAGCUGCCAGACAUCUUGAUAUUGAAGUUGGUAAUUGUUGGACACCUAAGAAAGCAGUACACGAGAGAUUAACCGUUCUCAGAUCUAUUCAUGUUAAAAAAAAGUAUCGAGUUCAGUAUGAGACUCGGACCUACUUUACAUUCGCUCAGCUUCAUAAAUUGACUGGAUCUACUGCUGAUACAUAUUUAGAAUAUGUUCAGCGCAACCUUCCUGAAGGUGUAUCGAUGAAAGUUACUAAGAUUGCUUUGGAACGUUUUCCAGAACAUUUGAAGCCUCCAGUUAAAGAAGAAAUAACAGCUGAGUAACUUCAUGUAUAUAAAAUUGUACUUAUUGUGGAUUUUUGUACCAUAUUGUAAUUUAUAGACAUAAAUAGAUACCAUUUUUCACUGUUCAUUUCAAUUAAAUCUUUUUUUUUUUUGUUUU